UUCCGACUGACGCUGUUUUGCUAGGGAGUUGUUUACCUGCUUUGCGACUAGAGUUUUUUGGGUCAAAUACGCGCAGCACGGGUCCUCGAACAAUUACGAAAAGCACAGUGAACACUGCUUGAAAAUACCCUUUGAAUCGACUCCCGUCACUCGUGAAAUUUGAUUCUUAAAGUAAACAACGAUACGAAAUGAGUGGAUCCAGAGACGAUGAUGAUAUGUACUUUCAUAAAAAGGCGAAAGGAAAUGUUUGGCUCGACGACGAAACUGAGAUUCUAGUUCAAUUCUAUAGUGAAGAAUUAUCUCAAACCCCAACGGUUGGGAAGUACCGACCUAUCCAAAGCUAUAUGAAUAUCGCGAAGAAACUUAAAGCCAUCGGCUACACUCGUUCACCCCAUCAAGUGAGAAACAAAAUUAAGUCACUAAGGGCAAGCUACUACGCCGCCCGGCGGGGAAGCGAUUUAGAUCGUCAACAUUGCUUCAUGUACGAUGAACUCGACAAAUGCUUCCGUGAUUCCAGCAGAGACUUGCCACAUAAUCAUGACGAUAUGACCCAACUGUCCUCAGACGAUCCAAUCGGUCUCGUGGAACCCUCCUCACACAAAAGACGUCGACAGUUCGGAGAAGCGAACAUUGUGCAUGAUCGCAAUGAGUUUUACGAAGAAAGCGAAGGAAUACACAACGAUUACUAUGGAGAGUGCGAUGAUGACGAGUUGAAUUCAUCCUCGAGAAAGUCGAAAAAACCUCGGAUAACUACGACAACCACUAAUAUUGAGAGGAUAUCGCUGGAUGAUAAUGCUGAGAGUACAUUGGUAGAAUUCAUGGCCGAUCAACUAGAGAAACAGCGUCAGCACCAGCUGGAGGUUACUAAGAUUUUCACGACUGCAAUGAAUGAUCAAUUCAAAAAGUUUUCCGACCUGAUAUCGAACUUAACGCAACAAAUGUUCGAAUAUUCAAGAAGUAAGCAAGUGGUCCUGAAUACAGAGAACAAGAUUACGGAAAUAUUAGAUGAUAUGCCCAGUACCGACGCUUAGUUAGCUUUUGCUUUUGCAAAGAUAAGAACUGUUCCAUAAAUCCCAGACACUGCUCCAGACGCACUUUGGUGUUUGACCUUAGUUUUAGUGAAACGAUUAGUAGUUGCUUUUCAAAUAUUAGGCAGCAUGUUGCAUAUUUUCACAUGAAAUAGAAACCGAUUUCAUUCAAAAA